UCUCGUGUCUGGACAGCAGACCGCAGCGGGGCCGGGAAGGGCGACCUGCAGUCCACGUUGCUGGAAGGGCACGGCUCGGCCCCACCCGACCUGGACCUCUCCGCCAUCAACGAGAAAAGUGCAGUCAAAAAGACUCCACAAUUAGAAAAAACAUCAGAGAAAACGGCAUCGACGUCAUUUUCUGCCCCUCGGAAAAAGAGCCCGACCCGGUCCGAAGAGAUGGAGAUGAUGGAGUCGCAGACGCUGCUGCUGACUCUGCUGGCGGUCAAGAUGGAAAAGGGUCUUGCUCGGUUCGAAGAAGAGGCCGAAAAACACUUAUUAAAACUGUGCAAAGAGAAGGAGGAGCUGCAGAGAAAGACCCACGAGCUGCGGCGCAGACUUCUCCUCUGUCAGAAGAAGCGGGAGCUGGAGGAGGCGCUUGACGCCCAGAUAGAGAUGCUCAGUCCCUUCGAGGCAGUGGGCGAACGCUUCCAGGAGCAGUACAGGACGCUCGCCACGGCCCUGGACGCCACCCGGCACGAGCUGCCCGUGAGGGCGAUCCACCUGGAGGGCGACGGGCAGCAGUUCUUAGACGCCCUGCAGUCUGAAUUGGAGACCACUCAGAAGCUCCUGGAAGAUCUCGGCAUGGGCACUUCAGAAGAAAACGUGCAGGUGCUGGACCUACUGGGCGAACUCAAGGACGUCCGUGAAAAAGACCUUGAGCUCCGAAGAGCUUUUUGCCCAGUGUGA